GUCAGCACUUAUAUUUUUUAAACAAUUUAUGUUGGUCCUACUGGAUUAUUUUGUUUACGAUUUGAAAGAUUAUAACGACUUUCUAACAGUUAUAAAUGGUUGUAAAGUGAUUGACUCUAAUUGAAAUUGUGUAAUGUACGUUUUAAAUUUCUAAUUGAAAGAAAAAUGUCUGACAAGGGAAAGAAAAUGGAUGAGAAACCGAAGAUUAGAAAAGCCCCACAGGUUCGGCAAACAUUGACUUCUGUAUACAGAAUGGUUAAAGCCAAUCCAUCGUUAAUGUAUCAAAAACAGAGGAAGGAUGAAUUGAAACUUGACAAAAUCUCAUUGCCACCCUCUGUUAGCAUGGAGUAUGUUCCAAUACAAGUUAAAGAGAGAAGAUUUAGUGAGAGCCAGAACUCACUAAUAAAAAGAUAUUCCGAUUGUAAGUCACUAAACAGGACACACCAAAGUACAAUUAAACCAAAUAUAAAUAAAGGUCAGGCAAAGCCAAUGUCCAAUAACAUAUUGAAAGAGAAACCCAAAACAGCUGCAUUGCAAAAUGAUAAUUUCAAGAAGCCUUCCAUUCACGAGAACCAUCCUAAAAAUAAAAUGAUCAAACCUUCCUGUAGAUCACUUUCUGCACAGCAUUUCAACAGAAAGAAGCUUAUUGCAAAAUCAACUAUUGAAGAGAAACUUUCAAAAGCAGAUGUAACACAGUCUAUGGAAGGAAAUAUUGAUAAGGCAGGACUAUUAUUGGCUUCUGAAUGUUCUCCUAUCAAGCAGGAGGUGGUAACUCAAAUAACAUUCAAGACACCAACUGCUUAUAAACGGAGGAGUCAAUCUUUUAAAACACCUACAAGUGUGAGAAAAUUGGGCCGUCAGUCAACACCUGGCCCAGGCUUAAAUGAUCUGCAACGCCGAUUAAAUGAUUGGCUCAAAAAAAGAGGCAAACCGAUGAGUACAUUCCAUCACUUGAAAUACUUUUCAAGAGAUAAAGUUAUUACAAAUGAUAGUGAAGAUAAAGAAAAUGAGGCUGAAAAUGUUGAACCUCAGAUCACAGAUGCUAUUGAUAUGAAUCCAUCCCAGCUAGUUUCAAUUGCCAAAGAUGCUUUGGGUGAUUUGAAUCAACUGAUCAUAGAUUCAUAUCCUCUGGCAUUAUGUGAGACCUGGUUGGGAACCAUCAGGCAGAGGUAUAAGGAGAUAGAGGAGGAGCCUCAAUAUUGGGAAUGCAGAGCUUCCAUUGAACAGACCCGGGGUAACAUUAGUUCUGCUGUUGAAUGUUUCAAGACUGCUAUUAUCAAAGGGGCAGAGGUGAAAACAAUAGAUAAUUCACUAGAUAAACUAUUGGAAAAAUUUAGUUUGCUAAACAUAGAUACAAAUAUAUCUGAUGAUGAAAAAUAUAGAUCAAGUGCAAUGAAAGAUGCCAGGAAUGUCUUCAAAUCGAGUAUCAUUCAAUUUGCGAUCCAAGAACGGAAAAUAAAAAAGGAUCAAGGAAAUGCACACGAGUAUAUUGUAACUCCCGUAAGACGAAGUGCACGACUUUCGAUGUCUUGUGCACAACGUUCGCCGGCUGUAAAAAUUUGCAAUUCUUUCAAUGAAAUAGAUGAAUCGAUUAGAGGCAGUAUGAAAUUUCAUGGAAACAGUUAUUUGAAUUGAUUGUUAUUUCUA